AAACAUGCGGAUGUGCGGCACGAUUCUGUUUGUUGUUAAGCGCGAUUGAAGUUUUUAUCACUAAUAUACCUUUAAUUUCGUGCCAGUUUGAUAAAAAUAAAUUAAUUAAUAAUUUUAAAAUGAAUUGAAUCCCAACAACAAGUACAAAAAGUUGCAAAGUAAAAUUAUUAUGUGCGUGCCGCCGUUGUGGUUACGACAGCUUGUGCUUUGAUGUAUAAAUAUUAAUGUACAUAUGUAUAUAUAUGCACAUUGUUUUAAAUUAUACUGUGAAUGUAUAUCACAAGAAAUGUAUAAAUAUGUGAGUGUAAAUCGGGAGCCGACCUAACCAGUGAUUGCGAUCAUUCAUUCGUUACUCGUGCGUGUGUGUGUUUAUAAAUGAUAUGUGUACAACUGUUGUGUACAUCAAGAUUGAUUUUCUUGUAAAUUGAAGAAGAUAAAUAACAGCAAUAUUUGCCUUUCCUAAUUUUGCAACACGUUGUUGUCGUCGUUAAAAGUCUGCAAUCACUGAAGAAAACUGUAGAAGCCAUGAGUGGCCGACGGCAUAUUAUUAUCAUAUUUAGUAAAAUCAAAAUGUACAAAAACAUCAGAGUACAUCAUACUGUGUUUUUAUCGCUUGGAUAUUAAUGCACAAAUAUUAAGUUUCAGCUGGGUGUCUUCGAUCAGCGUUAUGGAUAUACAUAUGUAUAUAGGUUACUCGCUACUGUAAAGUUAAUAAACUAAUAAACCGUCGUCAAACAAACACCUGGGAAAGGAGCGAAAAAUGCCGCAUACACACACCAGGCAUGGAUCAUCUGGGGAUGAUUUAUGCAGCACAGACGAGGUUAAAAUAUUCAAGGACGAAGGGGAUCGUGAAGAUGAUAAAAUUUCGUCUGAAAACUUAUUAGUUGAAGAGAAAUCAAGCCUAAUUGAUUUAACGGAAAGUGAGGAAAAGAGUCAAAAAGUGGUUAGGGCCGACCACAGCCCUGUCUUCAAUAAGCUCGAUACGCACACGCCAAGCUUCAAUAUGGGGUACCUGGUCUCACCUUACUCGUAUGCAAAUGGCGCUGCAAAUGGUCUGCCAGUGACAAUGGCCAACAAAAUUGGACUGCCGCCAUUUUUUUGCCACAAUGCCGAUCCUUUAGCAACACCACCGCCAGCGCACUGCGGUAUUCCGCCAUAUCAGCUUGAUCCCAAGGCAAUUGGAUUAACUCGACCAGCUUUAUACCCAUUUGCGACUGGGCAAUAUCCAUAUCCAAUGCUAGGGUCGGACAUGUCACAAGUGGCAUCUUGGCACACACCUUCAGUGUACUCAGCAUCUAGUUUUAGAACACCAUAUCCCUCGUCUUUACCGAUAAAUACGACGCUACCAAGCGACUUUCCUUUUAGAUUUUCACCCAGUUUACUGCCUUCAGUACAUGCAACCUCUCAUCAUGUUCUGAAUUCACAUUCGGCAAUUGUGGGAAGCAGCUCAAAACAGGAUUGUGGUUCUCAUCAGGACUCAACAACGAAUAAUAGAUAUCCAAGAAACUUGGAUACAAAAAAUACAUCGAGUAAUCAAUCGAAUGACUCUUCGAAAGAUAUAUCAAAUGAUAAGAAGAAACCUCAUAUCAAGAAGCCAUUAAAUGCUUUCAUGCUGUAUAUGAAGGAGAUGAGGGCCAAAGUGGUGGCCGAAUGUACACUUAAGGAAUCAGCGGCGAUCAAUCAGAUAUUGGGGCGUCGGUGGCACGAACUAUCCCGUGAAGAACAAAGCAAAUAUUACGAAAAAGCUCGACAAGAGCGACAAUUGCAUAUGGAAUUAUAUCCGGGGUGGAGCGCUCGGGAUAACUACGGUUAUGUCUCGAAAAAGAAAAAGCGUAAAAAAGACAGAUCGACAACGGAUUCGGGAGGGAAUAAUAUGAAGAAAUGUCGAGCUCGUUUUGGAUUGGACCAACAAAAUCAAUGGUGCAAGCCCUGCAGACGCAAGAAGAAAUGCAUUCGCUAUAUGGAGGCAAUGAAUGGAAAUAGCGGAAUUCUGGAAGAUGGCAGCGGCAUGGAUGAUCAUGGAAGCGACGACGAUGACGACGAUGAUGACGAUGAUGAUGUCAAGCUCAAUGGAAGCUGUGGAAGUGUGGAUGCUGACGACUCUGCAAAUAAAAUAGAUGAUGAUUCGGAAUCCUUGGAUCAUGGAUCCAUGUCCAGUUUUGCGCAGAGUCCAUCGACCACCACCACGAGCCUGGCCAGUCCCUUAAACAUGAUUAAUUUUAUUAAUCCAACUACACCAAAUCCAGGUGCUCUAUUGAUCAAUGUUAAUGCUACGGAGCAGCAGCAACAACGUUCGGCAUCAGUUUCUGCAUCGUCUACAUCAGCCUCAGCGUCGAGUGGAAGUGGUGGCACUACCCCAAGUACCUCAAGUACAGUCUCGCCCGUAACCACUGGUAUUCCAGGGGUUAACAGCAGUAUUCCAGGAGCUAACAGUAUUCCAGGAGGAGGCGGAACUUCCUCAACUCUAGCUGAACGUGCUAUGAUGCUAGGCAAUCGCUUUAGUCAUCUGGGAAUGGGGUUGAGUCCUGUUUUUGCCACAACAACAGCCGUCGGUCCAGGUACAGGUACAGGUACAGGUACAGGUACAAAUAAGCUAGAACCAUUCCUCGGUAAUAAUAAUAGCUUAAAUAAUUUAAGCAAUUCCCCAAUUCCAAUUCCCGUAAUGCCAAACAUUAUACGAAAUCCAAUUGGUGCUAAUCCGCGAGACAUUAAUAAUCCCCUGAGUAUUAAUCAAUUGACAAAUCAUCAUCAGCCGUCGUCGCUGUUAAAGAGCAGCUUUAGUCAACAUUUUCAGCAGCAACAACAGUUAAUAAAUGCUGCACAUAUGUCGAAUAUGACUGCGGUAAAUAACAGAAGUAAAGUGACAGCGGCUUGUAGUAACAUAAACAAUGCAACGACAACGGCAAUGUUGUCCAUAAAUUCCCAUCAUGCUGGAAAACCUAGGGCUGCUGAAUGUGAUAGUAGUCAUGAAAAAUCCGCUGAUCACCAUCAGCAAUCAAAUACUUCCAGCACGACUUCCUCAGGCGCCGGCGCUACAGAAACUGGAGCCAUCAGCGUUUCAUAACAGACGCAGAGAACAGUUCUUAACAGAGAUUCAACACUGUACACACGUGUACAGGGUUCCGUUGUUUGUGUGCGCAUGUUGUCGUACAUUUCUCUUUAAAGUAACGGGUUCCGAGACUUUUAUACUAGCAUGCUCUUAGAGUCUCUUGCGAAGAAUGUCUAAUAAAUGUCCCUCUUUAAUGUCAUAACUUCUCUUUGAAGCCGAUCGUCAGAAGUAUAGGGUACAAAAUUAGCAACAAAAUAUUUUAUUUAGACUUCUUUUUGAGAAUUGUAUAAAAAACACAGUGUGCAAUAAUCUUCCUCGACUCAAUCAUCGCGUCGCCAUUCUUACGUAAAAAAGUGGCCAUCAAAUAAAUACUACUUAGUGCCAACUACCACCAGCA